AUGAGCCCUCGCAAGAGCAUGAAGAAGGCUGAAGAACAGCACCCUCCAGCACCGUUUGCGGAGGACGAUACCGCUUCCCGAGGUGACGACGAGUUUGAAGGCCUCAGUCAAGAGUUCAUUGACGAGUGUCUGGCGGCCUACCACGCACUGGAUAACCUGGACCUUAACGACGACGAAGAAGAGAAUGUAAACGAUGAUUCUUCUGAAGACUCACAGUCCACUCCAGGUGAAUACGGGCAAGAGCGGCGCGGCGAGAUUGAAUUUCUGCGUUCGAACGGUAACGAGCUUCCAUCGCAAUUCCGGGUAAACUACCAUGCCGCUAAUCAGCCACCGCAACAUCCACCAGCUCCGCUCCAGCAGAACCCGGUUCCUGUAGCUCCACCUCCAACGUUCAUCUUUCGAGAUGCUGCAAACCCCGCUCCUAUGCCUUUUGCAAAUGUGCCGCAAGCUCUCCCUGCAUGGCACUUUGAUAGGGGAAUCCAAGCAGCACUCCGACGAUAUCGUCGCUUUCAUCGUCCAAUUGGCGGCUUCCCCGAAGAACGCUACCUAAGGGCCUCGGCACCCGGAAGAUACAGUCGGGGUGUUGAAGGCAUGCCCCGCGAUUUGUUUCCUCAUAGGUCUGUGCCGAUCAUGCGUCGUCCCAACGGAAGACAGGACGAACGAAUGCCGUUUGCGCCGCCACGCCCUUUGGACAGAGACAUGGCUCCUCCCACAGAACGCGACCUCCUGUUUGAAAUGUGGGCCGAUGCCUUUGUUGAGAGUAGAAGGAUGGAGCAGGAUAUGGCAGCAUUCAGGGAAAGACUCCAGCGGCUGUACAAAUUCUGCUACCGGUCUUAG